AUGCAAUUCCUCCAGGACCCCCUUUGGGCCUUCGCCAAGCCUAUGUUUCUCCCCCUAUCCCUUCUUCCUUCCCCCCCACGCCUCCCCCCUCCCCUUCCCCUCUUCGCGCCCCGCCUCCAGUCUCCCCUUUCUUCCACUCAGGCUCGCUGCCUUCUGUUCCACCUAUUCCCCCGAUUCCUCCCCUUUCCCGCCCCUCUCCCCCUCUGCUUUAUCAACACCGCCCAACCAGUCUCCCCUUUCUUCCCCUCAGGCUCGCUGCAAAUCCUCCAAGACCUCACCUGGCCCUUCGCCAAGCUUUUUAUCCUCCCACUAUCCCUUCUUCCUUUCCCCCCACAACCCCCCCUCAACUCUUCCCCCCUCCCGCUCUCCCCCUCCCACACCAGAUUCCCCCUUUUUCCCUUAAGGAUCUCUGCCCGCUGCAAUUCCUCCAAGAACCAACCCCUCUGGGCCUUCACCAAACCUUUCCCUCCUAUUCCAUCGAUUCCCCCCCCACUUUCCCUCCCUCACAUUCUACUCUUCCCCCCCCCCCGCCACCAGUCUUCCCUUUCCUCCCUUCUGGCUCGCUGCAAUUCCUCCAAGUCCCCCUCUCGGCCUUCACCAAGCCAUUUCUCCUCCUGUGUCUCCCCCCCCCCCCCCACCACCACCCCCACUGUGCCUUCUCUCUCCCCCACCAGUCUCCCCAUUCUUCCCCUCGGGUUCGCUGCAAUUCCUCCAAGACCCCCUCUGGGCCUUCACCAAGCCAAUUUUCCUCCUGUUCCAUCGAUUCUCCCCCACUUCCCCUCCCUCACAUUCUACUCUUCCCCCCCCCCCGCGACCAGUCUCCCCGUUCUUCCCCUCGGGCUCGCUGCAAAUCCUCCAAGACCCCCUCUGGGCCUUCACCAAACCAAUUUCCCUCUCUUCCCAUCGCCCACCUUCCUCUUGCCCCUCCCUCUCCCCUCUCCCUGGCCACCAGUCUCCCCGUUCUUCCCCUCGGGCUCUCUGCAAUUCCUGCAACACCCCCUCUGGGCCUUCACCAUGCCUUCUCCUUCUGUUGCUCCAGCGCCCACCUCAACUGCUGCAAAUGAGUCCGACUCCGAGGCAUUGGAGAAGCACCUGCAGGCGAUGCCGCCGCUGCCACUUAGACAUUUCCUUGUUCUCCUCCUUGUCCCUCCACCCUACCUCACAGCCGUCCCAGAGCAUCUCCUCCAGUUCGACUCAGACGCGUUGGAGAAGCACCUGCAGGCUCUCUCCCUAGAGCACCUCCUGCAGUUCGACUCAGAGGCAUUGGAGAAGCACCUGCAGGCGGUGUUGCUGCCGUCGCUGCUGCUGCUUGCCCCUCAUGACCAAGCCAUCUUCUUUCCGGACGAGGUAACACGCCCCUUGAGUUAUGCUGGUGUGCUCGUCAUGUCCCUGCUGCUGCUGUCCCCGUACGACCGGGCCACCUUCUUUUUGGACGAGGCCCAACAGCAGUCUCAACCAAGGCAGGAUAUCUCCUCCUCUUUUUCCCACUGGUGGCUGGACCCUGGGUGCUAUGCCACGGAUGAGAGCGACUGGGUGGCGGUUGAGGCGAUUCACAGUGGUGCAGAGGAGUUCAGAGCAGUAGGGGACGAGGAAGAGGGUGAGAGUAGAGAAGGAGGGCGUCACUUGGGAAGGCAGCAGGGAGAGGAGAAUGAGUUGCAACAGCAGCAGAAGCAGCAGCUUCAAAAGUCCUUCCUCCCUCUGACACCACAGCCUGCAGCAGCCUCUGGACUGGCACCAAGCACACAGGAGGGCACAGCAAAACAGCAGCUAGAACAGCUUGGGGAGCAAGCAGGAAGUAAGAAUGAUGGGCAUGGGUUUGCAGAGGUAGAUGGUUUGGAUGAGCUGCUGGGAGGGCAGGCAGGGGGCAGCAGCGGUGCAACCAGAGCAGAGAAUCUGCAGACGAAGCAGCAAGCAGAAGCAGGGGAGGCAGCCCCUGUGAACACGCAUGGGCAUGGGCAUGUGCAUGGUUUCGCAGGGGAAGAUGAUCUGGAUGAGCUGUUAGGAGGGCAGGUAGGGAGCAGUAGAGGUGCAAUUGCAACCAAGGAAGAUGUGAAGACAGCAGGUGGUUUGCGUGUGGUCAGUGCAGGUGCUGCACAGGUUAAGCCUGAACUAAAGCCAGCAGCAGCGCCACAGACACCCGCACUGGAUGAUUUUGAUGAGCUGCUAGGAGGGCAGGCAGGAAGCAUCAGCAGAAUCACAAGUGCAAACACGGGAGAGAGGAAGGCAGCAGGUGGUUCGGGUGUGGCUAAAGUAGGUGCUGCACAGGUGAAGCCUGAACUGAAGGCAGCAGCUGCACCACCGGCACUAGAUGAUUUUGACGAAUGGUUCGAUUCUGUUGCGUAG